AUGGCUGUUCGCGCUCAGUUUGAGAACUCCAACGACGUUGGCGUCUUCUCGACGUUGACUAAUUCAUACGCCCUGGUGGCUCUCGGCGCCAGCGAGAACUUUUACAGUGUCUUCGAGGCUGAGCUCCAGGACGUCAUCCCCAUCGUGCGCACCACCAUCGCCGGCACGCGCAUCAUCGGCCGCCUCACGGCCGGCAACCGCAAGGGCCUUUUGGUGCCCACCACAACCUCUGACCAGGAGCUACAGCACCUGCGCAACUCGCUGCCCGACUCGGUCCGCAUCCAGCGCAUCGAGGAGCGCCUGUCAGCCCUCGGAAACGUCAUUGCCACAAACGACCACAUCGCCCUGGUGCAUCCGGAUCUCGAGCGCGAGACGGAGGAGAUCAUUGCCGACGUGCUGGGCGUCGAGGUGUUCCGCCAGACCGUGGCCGACAACGUGCUGGUCGGCAGCUACAUGAGCCUGUCCAACCAGGGCGGUCUCGUGCACCCCAAGACCAGCAUCCAGGACCAGGACGAGCUGUCCAGCCUGCUGCAGGUCCCUCUCGUUGCCGGCUCCGUCAACCGUGGAAGCAACGUCGUGGGCGCCGGCAUGGUCGUCAACGACUGGAUGGCCGUGACUGGCCUCGACACCACGUCCACAGAGCUCAGCGUCAUCGAGAGCGUCUUCAGACUGGGCGAAGGCCAAGGCCCCAGCAACAUCAACACCACAAUGAAGGACACCAUGCAACUUUUAGUAUCGAUCAUCGCCUUAUUACACCGGGUUUCCUUGUCGCUGCCACAUAAUCUCACGAAACAAUUUUUCUUCUUCUUUUUCUUCUUCUUCUUUUUUGAUAUUCUUGCAAUAUAUACGGCAUAUAUAAUGACAUCAUCAUCAUCCAAUAAACCGGCGUAUCUGCCCCCUUCUAAACUCGGCACCAAAGAAUACUGGGACAACCUCUACACAACCGAACUCACAAACCACGCCGCCAACCCCUCCGACACCGGCACAAACUGGUUCGACGACUCCGACGCCGAGGGCCGCAUCGUCGCCUUUCUCGAAUCGCUCGCCGACGACGACCAGCACGUCCUGCCCGCGCCCCUUUCGCAGCAGGAUGCGUCCUUUCUGGAUCUCGGCUGCGGCAAUGGCUCGCUGCUGUUUGCGCUGAGGGACGAGGGCUGGGGGGGAGCCAUGCUGGGCGUGGAUUAUAGCGGGCAGAGCGUUGCGUUGGCGAAGAACAUUGCCGAGAGCAGGAAGGAGAAUGAGGGCGAUGGAGAUGAGGAAGAUGAGUCUACACCGUCGGUUAUUAAUUUCCUGGAAUGGGACCUGCUCAACGGCCCGCUGGCUCUCACCGCAUCUGCUGCUGGGGGGGAUUCUUCCUCGCCGCUGGCAUACACUUCCUCUCCGUUGCGGCUUUUCGACAUCAUCCUCGACAAAGGCACCUUUGACGCCAUCAGCCUCUCCACCCACGAACCAACAACAACAUCAUCAUCAUCAUCAUCAGAACAGCAGCAGCCCCCUCACCCCUGCGAAGUCUACCGCCGCCGCCUCCUGCAGCUCCUCAGCCCCAACGGCGGCAUCUUCCUCAUCACGAGCUGCAACUGGACUGAGCCCGAGCUGCGGGCGUGGUUCGCCGACGAUGCGGACGGCGAGCUGCGCGUCGUGGGCAGGGUCGACUAUCCGACGUUUACGUUUGGCGGGGUCAAGGGACAGACGAUUAGUACGCUGUGCUUUAGGAGGGGGUGA